GUCCAACUGUUUUCAGGGUCAAACAUGUAUUUCUAAUUUUGUCUGAAACAGUUUGGAAAGUCCAUAUAUUAGCUUUGGAAAUAGUUCCCCUUUCCCUCUUAUCUCUCUUUACUCUUAUCGCCCAAAUCAAUGUAAAAGGGAAAUCGUUCUCGUUUCGUUUCAGUGCUGCGAUGUCGACGAUUCCCAUUCACAGACCUGAAUUCUUGACAUUUCCUAACGCUGGAUUUAGAAAUCAUCAAAAAUCCCAAACAAUCAAGGCCUCUUGGACGAUGGCAAUGGAUUCCAAGCCUUCUUAUACAAGGAAGAAGGAAGAACUCUCUGUGCAGCUUCCGAAUCCAUCGUCUACUCAAUUCGAGUCGUCAACGCCGUCCGAUCUCCGAUUCGACCGGCUGCAGCCGUCGGAUCAGGAACUAGAUCAAGAGAAACGGCUUCAGUUCGGACAGUUCGUGGCUCGCGAGGCCGUGCUCGAUGAAGAGUAUUGGACAGCAGCAUGGCUACGAGCAGAAAGUCACUGGGAAAAUAAAACUUACGAAAGAUAUGUUGAUAACUUCAAGAGAAAAUUUGCAGAGCAGGAGUUUAAUGCCAUAAAAAGGCGAUGCAGAGGGCAAAAUGGGCAGAAAUGCGCGUGCAUUGUCACGGUUAAAAAGGAAGUGAGGAAUGUAAAACGCACUGUACUGAAAAGUGUUGUUGGAACCCUUGAUUUGAGCUUCCGGUACUUGUUGCAUGGAGAGACUUUUCCUGGGGAAAGGGUGAAAACUCCUCUCUUCUGCAGCAUCAACAAAACAGACCCAAAUAGAUAUGGUUAUAUUGCAAACUUAUGCGUGGCCAAAUCAUCACGUCGCCAGGGUAUUGCAAGCAUUAUGUUGCAUUUUGCCAUUGAAUCAGCCAAAUCUGAUGCAGGCGUGGAACAAGUAUAUGUGCAUGUGCAUAGAAGCAACUUACCUGCACAAGAACUUUAUCAAAAGACGGGGUUUGAGAUGGUCGAAGUGGCAAGCCCUCAAUUGUUAGAAGAUCAAACAUACUUGCUUUGUUUCAAGACAUAGAAACUCAAUCAUACUAAUUACUAAUUAUUCUCUCUGUGUCUCUGUCUCUCUUGCUGUAUGAUGAUAAAAAAAAAAAAAUCAAUGUACACAAAAUUGUAAAAUAUUUAUGUUUAUAGGCAUUUCAGCAAUGAAAUGGUGAUUUCCGAGUUCCUCUUUGAA